UGUGUAUAAAAUUCGAAAAUUACUUUCGUACUUUUUAAAUAAAAAGCAAGAAAGAAUUCUCAGAAUGGUUAUUCAUUUACAAAGCAGAGUAUUUUAUGGUUUAAAAACUGAUAUAAUUUCAAAUGCACAUUAUAUUUCGGAUGCAGAAAUUCUGUAUCCCGUUGGAAAUGUAAUAGCACUUCAUAAUAUUCCGCAAUAUCGACAAAAAUUCAUACGUUUAUCUGAUAAACAACAGAUAAAUAUAAUUACAGUUACAUACAACAAGAAGUAUAUUGCAACAUGUGAAAUUGGAGAAAAACCUACUAUAUCUAUUUAUGAUGUUCAAACAUUGAAAAGAAGAAAGCUUCUUGGGAUACCAUAUGAAGCCCCUGAUGUAACAAAAUUUACUUGCAUAGGAUUUACUUUUGAUAAUAAGCAUCUAGCAGCAGUUACAGGAGAACCUGAUCAAACAAUGCUUUUUUAUAAUUGGGAAAAGGGAAAAGUAGAAUCCAGUAUAAAAGUAGGGACUCCUCAGAAUCCAUUGGCCAUUGUACAAGUAUUAGCUUGUAAUCCAUCUGAUGCAGGUGUAGUUGCUCUUGGUGGUCUACACACAUUUAAAUUCUUAACUCUUUCUGAUACCGUAUGGAGACCAUAUGGAUUUUCUAAAGCAGACAAUAUACUUACAUGUUCUAUGACUUGGUUGGAUUCAGAUAGAUUAUUACUUGGAACUAAGGAUGGUAGAAUACUUUACUUAGAGAAUGGUGAUUUAAAAAAUAUCUAUAAUAUGACUGAUACAUUAUUUAUGAAUCUGAAAAUUCGCGAAGAAUAUGUUAUACAAGCUAGUAGUUCAAUUACAGCCAUGGAUUCAAAGGAAGACAUUCCAUGGGAAAACAAUAUUCGUUGUUUAAUUGCAUUUCACAGAGGUUUUGCAUUUGCAUUUGGCUCAAGAACAAUUGUGGUUUUUGAAACAGAGGGCCUGCAUAAAUAUACAAAAAGAAAUAUUUAUAUAAUACCAACUCAAAUAUCAAAACAGGAGAAUGAAGAUUUAUAUCAAAUCAACAGCAUAAGUGUUAAUUUAAGUUCAGAUCGUUUGUUAAUUACAACUGGUUGGCCUCAAUUAUUUUAUGCAAAGUUAUGGGGACCAGACUUAAAUGUAGAUCCAGAACCACAAGAAUUAAAGAUCAUGGGUCAAUCAUUGCAUUUUGGACCUAUAAGAGAUAUUUCUGUCUGUGGUUGGAAAUCAACUUUCAUGACUUGCGGAGAACUUGACCAUAGUGUAAGGUUGUGGGAUUUUGAAUCAGGAAGAUUAAUUCUACACAAACAAUAUACAGAAGAUAUUUGUGGAAUUGCUUUGCAUCCUACAGGCCUUUUCUGUGUGAUUGGUUUUAGUGAUAAAUUACGUUUCAUGAGCAUAUUAAUAGAUGAUUUAUUAUCUAUGGAGGAAUUUUCUAUAAGAUGUUGUAAAGCUGUAAAAUUUAGUAAUGCUGGUCAUUUCUUUGCUGCUGUUAAUGGAAAUGUUGUACAUAUUUAUUGCACUAUUGGUUUUAUUAGCACUUUCAUUUUAAAAGGGCAUACCAAUAGAGUAAAGACUCUACUAUGGUCACAAACAGAUACAAAGCUACUUACGUUAGGUGCAGAAGGUACUAUAUAUCAGUGGGAUAUGAGUACUGGUCGCCGUUCUGCUGAGAUAAUUUUAAAAGGGAUUGUUUUACAUGACAUUGCUCUUUCUGCUGAUGAACAGAUUACCUAUUGCAUUGCUGAUGAUAAUAAUAUAUAUGAGAUAAAAGACAAUACGACGAGACAACAUAAUAUUCCAGAUGCAAACAUGUAUUGCAUGCUAUUAGGAAAAGAAGAUCAAGCUUUGUUUCUUAUUUGUCCUGGUGGUAUUAUUUUAUCAGUAGUAUGUCCACUUCAAGAUCCAGUACAGUACAUAACUUUUCACAUUCACUCUGCUGAUAUUGCAAAGAUUGUCCUUCCUUAUAAUGAGCAGUUCUUGAUAUCUACUGGAAUAGAUGGUAGUUUAUGUAUUUGGAAAGUAAUAUACCCUGAAGGAAAAGGAAAGACUGCAAAAGAGCUUACAUAUACAAAUGAAGUGUUAAUUAAUAAAGAUGACUUGCAAGAGAAAAUACAAAUGAUAGUAGAUUUAAACGUUAGAAUGAGGGAACUGGAAACUGAACACGCGUAUAAAAUGCGUCAAAUAGAGGUAGUACAUAAUGACAAAGUACGGGAUAUACAUCAAGGAUAUUUGCAAGCUAUCGAAGAGCUAAGAGAUAGGAUAAGUAGAUUACAAGAAGAUCACAAGAAUGAACUGAACACUAUAAACGUCGAAAUACUUAAAAUGAAAGAGAAACACGAAGAAACGAUGAAGCAAAUGGAAACAAAUUAUAAUGCUAAACUUAUUACAGAAUACGAUAGAUAUUUAGCGCUUGAAAAUACAAUGAAUAAUAUGCGUCAAAAUUAUGAGAAACGUUUGGAAGAAGUAGAGAAGCAUGGCAUUGAAAAAUUACAAAAUGCAACAACUAAAUAUGAAGCUCUUCUUCAUGAGAAGAAAUUGCAAUUAGAAGAAAGUCAAGAUGAAAUAACGCACCAGGCGCGAGUACACGAGGAGAUGAUGACGCAAGUUGAAGAUGAUGUCGAUAAGGAAAUAUUGGAACUAAAAACAAAUUAUGAAGCAUUGCUACAUGAAGAAAAGGAGGCAAAUAUACGGCUAAAAGGAGAAGCUGGAAUGUUGCGCAAUAGAUAUAUGGCUAGUUUGAAAGAUGUUGAAGAGUUGAAGAGACAAUUGCAACGAGUUCAAAGCGAAUAUGGGUAUUUCCAAAAGACUAUUCAAGAAUUAGAAAAAGAUAAAGAUGAUUUGAAAACCGAAAUAAAUGAAAGGGAUAUCACGAUUCAAGAUAGAGAACGUCAGAUAUAUGAAUUAAAGCGUACAAAUCAGGAACUGGAGAAGUUCAAAUUCGUUUUGAAUUAUAAGAUUACAGAAUUGAAAAAUCAAAUAGAACCGCGGGAUCAAGAAAUCAAAGAGCUCAAAGAGAAAAUCCGAGAUAUGGAAACGGAACUUGUAAAUUUGCAUAAAACAACUAUUAGUUUAGAAUUACAAUUACAUGAAUUAAGGGAAAAGUUAGGAGCUGCAAGACAUGAACUACAAAACGAAAUGCAUCGAAAUAAAAGAUGUCAACAACUUUUAAAAAGGAUACGAAUAGAUUUGCAUGAUGCUUCAGGGCUUGUACAAGAACCACAUGCAUUAAAAAUUGCUAUAACAAAAUUGUAUCACAAGUAUAGUUCAAGCGAUGAAUUUUUGCGUAGCCGAAAAGCGGAUUUAGAUGCGCAAUGUGAAUUUAUAAAGCAGAGGGAUCAUUUAGAAAGGACAAUAGCUUCCCUUAAGAGACAAGUUUUCCAAGAUAGAAUAGGCAGUGGCAAAGAUAUAGAUAAAACGGUGGAAGAAAAUAUCAUUUUGAUCUCAGAAUUAAAUGCUUUGAGGGAAGAAUUGAAAGAUGCAAGAAAACACGUACAGCAUAUGGAAGGUCUGUUAGGUUUAACAGUAAAGGAUAUAAAGCCGUCAGAAGCGAAAAGAAAGAUGGAAGAAGCGUUAUAUGAGCAUGAACAAUUGCGAAUUGACUACAGAUUUCAAAUGCAAGAGUGCCAAAAUAUAAUAAUUGCUUUAAAAGACGAUAUGUAUAAAUUAAUAAGCAAACUACCUUGUGAAGAAGCGGAAACUAAAAUAACUUUUUAGAUGU